AUGAGUAAUUGGGACUUAAUACAAAGACAUGCCGUGCUUUCCUACGUCAACUCGCUAAUCGCCGAACAAGUUGAGUUGUCCACACUGACUAGUGGACAGUUAAUACAAAUUCUUGAAAUCCUCGCGAAGAAGAAGUGUGUUGUUAAAGCGUCUCGAAUGACUGUGACGACACGUGCGAGUCGAAUUCAAGAAAUUGAAACAGCAAACACUGCGCUUAAAUUUGCAAGAGAGAAUGGUGUUCGGUUAGUCUCAGUCGAAGCGGGGAAUAUCGUCAACCACGAUGAAUUUACACUCGUCUCUCUCUUUGUAGAAGCCAUUAAAAAGUUUAAAGGCCUUUCGAAAUUUGAAAUGAGAGACACUAUCGCUUGGGUCAGAGAGAAAACACAACUCCAAAUGAACAACUUUGUCUCCGAUUGGGCAGAUGGGUUUCUGAUGAAAUUUUUGUUUGCUUCGGAAACUCCUUUUGAGAAGUUUCAACAAUUUGGGAUAUGCCAAGUUGUUGAAGAGAAGAAUAUGGGCAAGGAAGAGUUCUCAAUGAUACUCCAAAUUAAAUUGAUAUACGAAAAGUUCAACGAAAUUAAUGAAGACAGAGACACUAUGCCUCAUUUGAAUGAUCAAAUGACUAAACUCUAUGAAAUUCGAAAUGUCGAAUUGCAAAAACAACACACGUACGUUAAUGAUGUGUGGCAACCAGUCGAAAUUAAGACCAACGACAAUGAAGAAAAACUUAACAAAGAAAAGGAAGAAGCUGAGUUGAAAGAGAAAGAAAGAAUUGCAAAAGAAGAAAAGGAAAGACUCGAGAAAGAGGCCGAGAGAUUAGAAAAUGAGCGCCUUGCUAAAGAAGAGCAACUUAAAAAAGAAGAGGAAAGACUUCAACAAGAGAAAUUGGCAAAAGAAGAGGCAGAAAGGAUUGAAAAAGAGCGUCUUAUUAAAGAGGAACAACUUAAGAAAGAAGAAGAACGACUUCAACAUGAAAGAGCAGAGAAAGAAGAGGCAGAAAGACUUGAAAAAGAACGACUUGCUCAAGAAGAAGCCGACAAGAAAGCUUUUGAACUCGCUGAAAAACAAAGAGUUGAAGAAGAAGCAAAAAGACUUCAAGAAGAAAAAGCAGCACAAGAGGAAGAGGAAAGAGUUGAGAAAGAGCGUCGCGAAGAAGAAAGACUGCACCGCGAAGAGGAAAAUCCGAAAAGGAAGAAGCCCAAAGAAAAGCCAUAG